CUGUGCCAGUGAAAUCAGUUCUCUGACUUUCGUUUCAACGAACAGACGUGCGGUUUCUCAUAAUUUUAAUCGAUUUCAAAACUCGCUUUAUUGCUUUACACAUUUAUGUGAAGGGUCCAAAAAUGCUGCAGCCACGCGAAACAUACAGGAUAACAGAUUGGCACUUAAACAAAAAAAACUGUCUGCCCUGUAAAAUAAACAUGAUAUGUUAUAAAUAUCACAAUCAAUACUGGAGCUUGGCUCUGCUUACCGCACUGAUAUUAAUAAUAGUCCACAUUGAAGCCUCCCAAGGAAUAAAUCAACCUCUUUUUGUGAGUCCGACCCCAACUUUGCCAACACCAGCUGCGGAUGAUAUAACCACUGUACUUUUGUUAAAUAACAAAUCAGGACAUGUAGGCGAUAUUCAUGGACGUUUUUUGACAGUACGUCCAGAAAUAGGUGUUUUGACAUCAACAGCUAGGACAUUUAUACAGGAUGGAACAACAACUGAAUUUGCCACUAAAAUUUUAGGAACUACAUUAAAUAGUGGUCGCCUUUACGCACAAUAUCUUCGAAAGAGUUCUAGAGUCCUGUAUGAAAACGAUAAGCUAUUUCCAUCUGUAGUUACUAGUUGGGUAGGUGAAGGUGACUCUCAUCAGACCCCACUAUUUUUACAAAGUCACAAUGAUCUUUUUAAUUCCGAUGACGCCGACUGGCAGGAUAUUGAUGAUAGCCUAGGUGUAAAUCGUGGAGAAUUUGUGGGCAACACGGAUUAUGUUAUCCAACAAAGUACAAAAGUAAGAGAGCAAAGUAGUCCGGACUAUCAGGAUAAACCGUUAAGAUAUUUAAAACCUGUAGCCAGCAGCAAUGUAACAUUAAUCUUUGACUCUAAAAGAAAAGAUGAAAUAAAUAAAUUGGUUGAUAAGGUGUCAUCAAUUGAAAAUUUGAAAACGUAUACAAUUAAAAGUCACUUUGCUGAUUUUUCUGCGCCAAAACAAACAAUAACUGUCUUAGAUACUCUAAGGGAAGAACGAAAAUAUGAAAUGAAAUCACGUAUAGAACAAAAUGUUGAAGAACAAAAGCAUAAAAGUCAAUCUUUCAAUAAACAAGUUUUAGCAUCUAUAACAUAUUAUGGAUUUGCGGAGUUUACCACUGUGGUUGGUGAUAGUGUCAUUGUAUUUUCACCUAGUACUACACAGAGUACUCUUCAUUUUGGACACGUUACAUCAAUUAAAGGGAAGCCUACUUUAAAACUUAUGUCAAUUCACGAUUACAACAGUCAAACUACCCAAACAUCACCGAGUCCUUUAAAGCCGGUUCCAACAUUAAAUAAAAUCUUGUCCCCAAUGUCAAGUUUUGGGGAAGAUAUUUUUACUAGUUCAAGUGAGGAAAAGAGUCAUUUUAAGAACGUAUUAGUUGCAACGUCAACUAUUCUUUCAACGACAAAAUUUGAAAAUGUAUUAUCCGAGAAAAUAGAUAAUAGUUCAUUUUCUUUUGACGACAGUCUUAUAUCAAAUUCAAAUGAGUUUAAGAAUCUUCAGUCUUCAUUCUACAAAACUAACGAUACCUCGAAAAAUUUAACAAAUCACAUGGAGGCAAACAUUCAAAAGCAGGAAGGCGCUACAACGGUAUUCAUUGAUGAUGAUCCUUUCACAAAUUUUGUUGAGCCUAAAAAUUCUACUAGCUCAAAAUUAAAUACAGCUGACCAAGAAACAGUCUUAGAACAAACAGAAAUAUUUAAAAGAAAUGAAAUUCAUGGAAGUUUGGUCUAUCCAACUGUUACCGACGUCAAUAGCGAAAGCUUUGGUAAUAAACCAGUUGUUGGAACAAGUAAUGAGAAUAAGAAUAACGUUGCAGAAUUAUGCAACCAUACAACUUCACAAGUAUUUCUUACCCAGAUGCUUAAGACACCGAAUGUUGGCGAUGAUAGGAUUGUUAUUGAUGUCAAUCCUCUUUUUGCUUAUAACAUUGUAGAAACUACUAAAUACUAUUGCAUACAAGCUUCACAAACGGAAAAAAAGGUGGAACUAAAUGAUGGUAAUACGACCCAAGAAACUGUUUUGGAGCCAAAUAAAAAAGUAAUGUCUGCUGAGUUAAUAGAUGAUGUAGAUGAAACUACAGUUCGAGAAUCGGAAGACUACGAUGUGACAACAGAAAAUGAUUAUGAAAAUGAAGAAGAGGACUACUAUAGUGUUACUGAUGAUGUUGAUUUAUUAUAUAAAACGCUGUUUACUACUUAUACAUAUUUGACAACAUUCUUUGAAGGGUCUCGCACAACCAUAUCUAGCCACACAGAAAUUAUAACAAAUAUAGUUUCUUCAACACUGGCGUCUAAUGUUGAUUUUAAGUCAAAAAUUUUAGAUAAUAUUGCUGAAAACCAGAAAUCUGAAAACACAAUUCGGAUGGCUGGCCAAGAAGCUUCACCUUUAUUACACAAAUUUACUAUCCCUGUUGAGAUUGCUAGUCUAUUAAGCCAGGAAAGUAAAAUAAAUCCUGCCGAAAAAGAAAUAACCAAUCAGUUAAUAACAACCUAUCUAGACGAUUUUAAAUAUAGUAAAACUUUGUACACAACAUAUACAUAUUAUACAUCGAUUUUUACAGAUAAUGAUACUGAAAUACAAACUCGAACCGAGAUAGUCACGAAUUACAUUACUGAAAAGAUUUCGAACAAUCAAACCAAUUACAUUAUGAAAAGCAGUGACAAAACAUCAAAGCUAAAUACCUCAGCAUCCGAAAUAGAAAAAGAAAACCACAUGACUUUUGAAAUAGGCGUAAAUACGAGCAGUUUGAGCAAUAUGGACAGUACAAAGUCUUUUAUUAAAAAGAGUCCCCUGGACGACCAAGUGAGCUCAGAAAGUAAUACGGAGGAGAUUAUACCAUCAGCAACGUUUCUUCUUCAAACAAGUUUUACAACAUUUACCUUUUAUACGACAAUGUAUGUAGGUAAUGACACAAAUAUUAUCAGUCGCCUUGAAACUGUAACCAAUGUAGGUACAGAAACUUUGCAGCCUACAAAACAAGUAAAUUUAGAGGAUUCCUUCUUUCCUAUUACUUACUAUACAACAUUUACAUAUUGGACUAAGUUAGCGAAGGAUGGUGAAAUUACAACAUUAAGCAGAGAGGAAACGAUAUCCAAUGUAAUACAGCCUUCUAACGUUACAGUAUUAUCAGUUGAUGAUGAAAAUUCAAGUCAGUCGGAUGGCGACACAAUUGUUCGAUGGAAAUCCGAUUAUGAAAAUACUACAAUUUUCACAUUAUCUGAUCAAAAUCUUCAUUCUGAUAUUACCACAUACUAUACUACUUAUACCUAUUAUACUACAUCCUAUGAUGUUAAUAAGACAAUUAUCGAUUCAAGAUUCGAAACCAUUACAAAUGUAGUGACAUCUAAGGGGUAUUCUAUUGUAAUGUCAGGCACCUCUGCAAUAGAUCUUAUGCUUAAACCUAGUCAGCCUGUUACAUCAAUAGAUAAUCAGAUUAGAACUGGUGUACCGGAUUUUGUUUUGUACGAUUAUAAACAAAUAAUUGAUGCAGAUGAAGUAAGCACUUUGUAUUUUACAACGGAAAUUAAAACUUCAAUGAACAGUGAGGGACAUGACAUUUUAGUAACCAGUAGCACAUCCCGGUUACAAAUAGACGAGUCCAAAAAGUCAAUCUUAGCCACGCUGUCAGCUAACUCACUAGAUGAUGGCUUAUCCAGCCUUAAAUUGUAUAAAACGGGUUUAGUGAGGCUCAUUGAAGGUAAGCGUAUACAAAACAGUACUACUACCUUAUACCAAUCAAAAGUUAUUGGAACUGUUAUAGACAAUCGAUAUGCUCAGAUAAUAGAAAGUACAUCAAGUUUUUUUUUUGAAGAGUCUCAGUCUGAUGUUAUUCUGCUUCCAACAACAGUUGCAAUCCCUCAUGUUGGAAAUGUUAAUUCCCAUGAGUCAACAAAAACAACCGGUUAUGAAACUGAUGAACAUACUGUUUUAGAUUCAGAUCUAAAUAGUGACGGCUUGUCAAAUUACGCACUACAAAGUUCGAAGCGGCUAGUCGCACCUGUAAUACGGCCGUUUGCCUCACGAAAUAGACCCACGUUCGCACCAAAACAGAAAACGUUAUCACCAAGUAGCGCGACGAUAAUAACAAGAUCGGAUAUUACUCCCACUAUUACGGCAACUCCUGCUUUAAAAUCAGCCGGUAGAUAUAGCUCAUCCCGAAGGGGUAUAAUUUCCAAUGUACCAAUUAAUCCCUACGAGUCUAAUUUAUUCCAAGGGCAGCCAUCAAGACGCCUUUUUGGGCGACCAACUAAAUCAAAUUCCAUCGAAUCGGAUACUACUCUUCAGUCUAAUAUAGUCUUUUUACCUUCGAAAAAUCGGUUUGCUUCAACCUUGCGCCCAGUCGUUAGUUCCAGGAGACAAAAUAUAAAUAUUUCUUAUCGUUCAUCAAAUAUUCCUGGAUUUCGUGUGUCUGCAACAUCAAACUCUAGAUUACGCAUAAAGCCAACUAACUCAGGGUUAGUGGUAAGCGAUAGGUUUACGCAGUCGACGACAUUAACUAAGGAGCUAAGCUCAGAAAGUAGUUUUGAAGAAGAGAAUGCAACAGAUGAAGUUGCUGAUGAGGAAGAAAACGCUAGACGCAAUAGCAACCCUCUCCUUAGACUUCGUCGGCCGAUAAAUGGACCCAGUGGAUUUUCGCCCGUUAGCCGUCCAACUUCCAUUUCCGGAGGAGUUUCGCUCAGAAGAAACCCUUUAUCAGUCCGUCCAAAAAUUUCCACUACAACAACCACCUCAACAACAACGACGGUCAAGCCUCGGCCUCGAAGCUUUCAGAGGCCCAUUGGUCUUCAGCCUAGAAUAAGACCACAAAACACCCUUUUUCCACCACGAGGACUAUUCCAAAAUCAUCAGAAGGAUGAAAGUUUUAAGGACGUAAAAACAAAUAAUAGUGAUUCUACAAAUUACUCUGAAUUCGAAGAAGAUGAAGCAAACCACGAUGAAGAAUAUAACUCUCAGGAAAAGAUUCACCGAAAUAAGCGCUCUUUUCGAAUUUUAAGGAGCGCUAGAUAUAAAAACAGAGUACGUCGUCAAACAGAUACAGUAAAAAAAAACAGAUUUCGAUUCCGUCGGCAAAACCAAACAUCGACAUUUACAAAAGAUGAAUUAAAACUUAUGGACUCGGAAAUUCGGGCAGAGUCUACAUCGUCCCCGAGAGAUAAAUCAUCUUCUAGAUUCGGAUCGAGAUUUUAUUCUCCACAAGGCCAAGACCUGCAUGCGCAGGUAACACUAAUGGACUCCACAACAGCGAAGAAUCUAAGAACAAUUCGGCCUACUAGACUGACAACAAAACGACCUCAAUUUACAUUGAGAGAAAAAGAUGCUACUUUAAAAGGCACUACACGUUCAAGUACAACUAAUAACUUUCGACGUCAACAGACAAUUCAUAAUACAUCAGUAAGGCGAGCUGUUGGACAAAAUACAGGAAACUCAAGCACCCGCAGACUAAAAAGCUAUGCUAACUACAACAAUAAAAACAAUGUUGACCACGGUCGAUUAUCAAGUACGACCCGUUCCCGAAAUGGUAACUCUAACACGUUAAAUAGAGGAAGAAGUCGGGGUCGAAAUCGAAUUGAAUAUCCCUCUGAUUCGCCCUCUAUAGACAAUGAAGUUCAAACUAUAACAGUUACUCAUUUUCUACCAUCUGAGGUUACAAUUCCAGUAGUUAGUGGACAUGUAACUGAGUACAAAAACAUUGUCACUGCCAAAACGAGCACCGAACUAUUGGGUCCAAAUGAGUACAUGAAAGUAUUAGGAACCAAUGGAUUGAGUUCAACAUACCUAAAUCGGGAAGUCUCUAGUAUAAAUAUUGCUGGUGCCACAGAACAUACGAAAUAUUUGUUGCAUGAAUCUAUCACUAGCGCUGUAAUAUUUACACCUACUACAAUACGCGGUAGGAAGACGUCCUUUUCACAUAUUAUUCCAUCCACAGCGUAUUCUGUAGAAAAUGUAGUAACUACAAUUCCGCCUCAAAUUUCUGAUAAUGCACCGCUUGCUAACAUUUUGCUUUCCCAGUUACUCUUGGGAAAUUUGAACUUACCCGCUCACCCAUUAAUAGGAGCUGUCGGACAGCCAAAUGCCGCAUCGGUUGUUAUACCAACAGAACCGAUCACAGAAUAUCGUACCCACACUUCCACAUAUGUAACUACAAUAUUUGAUGGAAAAUCUACAAUACUUCCGGUGACCUUUCAAGGAAAAAAGAUUUUAACUACUGUCUAUGAUACUACUGCACAAACUAUAACAGCAACAGAAUAUAGCGUAGACACCAUAGUUUCCACUCCACCAUCCGUUCAGAAUAUACAGUCUGUUGGACCCGCUGCACAUGUAAACAAUUUAUUGUUGCAGCAGUUACUUAUUCAGCAACAGCAGGAAUCUUUGUCGCUGGCUCAAUCUAUAACAAACACUUUACCCCCGCCAAUAUUUUUAGGUGAGCACCUACAAGACUUGGACGAUUUCUCACGUUCAUUACUAAAAAAAGAUGGAAUCGAUGCAGAUAUUGGGUCAGUCAGCAAUGAGUCGCAAUUUACAAAAAGCCAUCGAAAAAAGUCACGUAAAGGAAACAGUGGACACAAGCGUAACAAGGAAAAUCAAAUGACAAAGGAAAAUCCAGAUCCAAGUGUUGUAACGCUAUAUGUAUCCGGCCGUAGGCCCGGCGAAUUUAGUACGAUAUUAUCCACGGUAGGAAGCGAAUUUGAUCACUCAGUUUCCUUGCAAAAGAGGCACGCAUUUAUAGAAAUUACGACAACAGAUUCCAUUCCAUUUUUUUCUUACACUACACAGAGUUCAAAUGACACUUCAGUUUCAAAAGGUGAAACGGCUUCUUUGAAAAUGGAUGUUGGGCUUACUGAAUUAAGUGAUCGAACUGCAUCAUUAGAAAGCAUUGUUGGUGAUGUUGAUCUUUGGUAUGCAAAAUCAAGUAGGCAACCCAUUCGAAUGUCGACAACGAUAAACUCAGUGGAUGUCUAGCGUCAAAAUUUCAAUUACCUUUUUAUUCUAUUUUCAACUUUUGAAUAUUUCUGAAGUAAGUCCUGUAAGUCCCCCUUUGAAGAUGUCCGAUAACUAGUCAAGGAUCAAAUAUACAUAUAUCGAAAGGAGUCUUCUACAUUACCAAACUUUUCACAAACAAAUAUAACACAUUUUAUUUUCUAGGAUAAAAAAUCCUAUCUGUGCUUUAUGUAAUCUAUCAUUUAUAUAUGUCUAUGAAUCUUGAAAUUAAUUUUAAAAAAUAAAUUCUACCACUAACCUGAAAAGCUAAAAUGAAAACUAAAUGUUUUUUACAGUAUAAGUAAUAGCCAUGAAAUUUGUAUUAAAGAUUGACGAAUGUUAAUGUUUUUUAUUAAAUAUAAAUCGAUUUGUAAAAAAGGCAUGAUUAAAAAUAUUCCAGUUCAAUACUAGAAACAAUAUGCUUUCUGGAAGGUAAUUUUUUUGUUCUUUUUAAACAAAAAUUUUCGAAAUUAAAUAAGCAACGUGUAAUAUGUGAAUAUUGUAAACGGUAUCUGGUGAUGUUCAGCAAAUUUAAAACAUACAAUACAAUGAGCAUAUUUAAAUAUACAUAUAUAUUUCAUUGAUGUACUCGUUUUUUAGUUUAUAAUUAACUGUUAUUUGAUUUUUAUAAUAAAAGAAUGGCAUGUACCAAUACUUAAAUGAAUUAAAUGUACAUAUGUAUAAAUUUAAUUUUAUUUAGUUACCCUCUACUAAUCCCUAAUAAAAAUGUACAUAGAUAUGAUCAAUAAAGAGUAAUUGACUAUGUUC